AUGAGUAAAGAAUUAAUUGAAAGAAAUCGUUUAUCAAAAUUAAUUUAUUUUAAAAAUAAAGAAAUUGACCAAAUUAAAGGAAGAAUGUUUUCAAUUGGAGGGUAUAAAUCAAAUAAAUUAAUUUUGGAAAUAUUGGAAAUUAAUGGAAAUAAUGAAUUAAUUAUUAAAUUUAGAAUUGUUUUGAAAAUGUUAAAAUAUUGGGCUAAAGGUAAUUUCAUUUAUGGAGGAAAAUAUGGCUUUUUAAAUGGAUCUUCUUUAUCCAUUUUGACUGCAAAAUUAAUUCUUUUAUUUCCAAGUGGUUCUGUGCUUUUUCUGUUGGAAAAAUUCUUUUUUGUUUAUUUAAAUUGGAAUUGGAAAUACCCAAUAAAAAUUGAAAAAUUGUCAAAUUUUGGUUCUCAAGGGUGGAAUUAUAAUUUGGAUAUUAAAUCAAAAAAUAAUUUAUAUAAAAAUGAUGUUGAGGAAAUUAAUAAAAAAAGAAAAUUAAAAUAUUUAAUUCCAAUGUUUAUGACAAUAAUAACACCUGGAUAUCCUGAACAAAAUACAAUGUUUAAUGUUAACCUUUCGACAUUUGAAAUUAUUCAGAGGGAAUUAAUUAAAGGUAAAUUAAUAUAA